AUGUCACCCUCGUCCCCAAGGGCUCGCACCGACUACCUCUUCUCUUCUCCCCGCGUUCUGGGUCGACUACCGUCCAUGGGCUUCUCCGAGUUGCAGUUGAAGACCAUGAUUCUGCCUGCCGCCUCAAAACAAUUCGGGACCGGUGAACACGUCCGCGACACGCAGGACGUCGAGGCGGGCGCGAUGGCGACUGGCAACGCUGCGGAGGAUGUGUUUGAUCACCGCCGCUUCGCCCUCGUUUUCCCCAACUCGCGGAUAUAUCUCCCCCAAAUCGGCGAAGACCUCGACGGCCUCGACGUUCCGCCUCCCGCUCCGAUCCCUGGCCUUCGCACAUCAUACAAAAACCCGGGUUUGAACCGCAGUCCCUUCGGGCUUUCCUGA